UCCGUCGUGUCCUCGUCCAUUAUCUGGAAUUCUCGCUGAUUAUUCCAGAUAUGCGGGCGCCGGGCAGCACGCACGUCGGCCUCCCCCGCCGCUCACCCAACGCUGCAGCUGCAAGGGUCAUCUGGCGUCAGCAAUUGCACAUCACUUCCCAACUACGUACGUAUAUAAGCGCCCCCUGUGCAUUCUAUCUCUGCAAGCACAAUGCCCGUCGCAGUCGCAUCCCCCGCCCCCAUCGAGUCCCUCAAGGCCUCCCUCGCCGCCGCUACACUCGGCGACGACGAGCCCUUCGACAUCCGUGCUUACUCCAACUUUGACACCACCCCCUUCAUCGGCACAGAGUUCCGCGAGUGGUCCAAGGACGGCAAGCCCACGCUCAGUAUCCGCGAUGUACUCGGCAACGAAGCAAGGCUCAAGGCCCUUGGUCGUCUCGUGUCUGAGCGAGGCGUAGUCUUUUUCCGAGACGCCAAGAUCACACCCCAAGAACAGCUCGUCCUCGCGGACGCUCUCGGUCGCCUCGGCGGCAAGCCCUCCACCAGCGGGCUCCACGUCCACCCUCUCACCGCCGAAGGGAGCGAGUUGGGUGACGAGAUCAGCGUCGUCUCCCACAAGUUUGUUUUCGACAAGAAUCACAAUAGGACCGAUACCACCCUGCUCACUAGGCCAUUCGGUGCCAACACCUGGCACUCGGAUAUUACAUUUGAGCCCAUCCCUUCGGACUAUGCUACCCUUCAACUCCGCGCGCUCCCCACUACCGGUGGCGACACUCUUUGGGCCUCUGCAUACGAAGCCUACGAUCGCCUCUCCCCGGCUUACCAACGCUUCCUUGAGGGCCUCACCGCCACCCACUCUGGCCAGGGUUUUGUCGACAUUGCCAAGCGAUCCAACACUACCCUCCGAGAGCCCCGAGGGGCGCCCGAGAAUGUGGGGCAAGAGUUGAGCGCCGUGCAUCCUGUGAUCCGAACCAACCCAGUCACGGGCUGGAAGGGCAUCUUCGUCAACAAGGCGUUCACUAAGAGGAUCAACGAGUUGACGCAGCGGGAGAGCGACAAGCUUAUUGAUUUCCUGACCGAGCACGUUUCUGCUAACCACGACUUGAUCACGAGAUUCAAGUGGGACGAGAACAACCUCGCCAUAUGGGACAAUCGAUCUACUUUCCGUACGCCCUUUCUAUCAUCUCCUACAUGACACGAGCUUAUCCGGACUGCAGACACCGCGACCUUUGACCUCGACGAACAAGAGCGUGUUGGGACCCGUUCCGUUUCUCUGGGCGAGCGACCGUACUAUGACCCCAACUCCACCGGUAGGCGAGAAGGUCUCAGGGCUAGACAGGAAGCAGCGAGCCGUUGAGCCAUGUCGAAGAUAAUGUUUCUUGUAAAAAGUUGUAGUCUGAACCACGUCCAAACCUUUGUAGGGCGCUAUGAAUCCAUUGUUAUGAGG